CCGUCCUUCUCCUCUUUUCUCGCCACUCUUCUCAUCACUCACUACUCCGCAUCCACUUUCACAUCCACAUCAUGAGCGCUGACGAUUUCAAAGCACAAGGCAACAAGGCCUUCCUCGCCAAGGACUAUCCCACGGCUAUUGACUUCUUUUCGAAGGCCAUCGAUCUCGAUCCCACCAACCACGUUCUCUACUCGAACCGCUCGGCUUGCUACGCUUCCCAAAAGAACUACGAGCAGGCUCUCGAAGAUGGCGAGAAGACCGUCGAGUUGAAGGCCGACUGGGGUAAGGGCUACGGUCGCAAGGCCGCCGCUCUCUUCGGGCUUGGUCGCUACCCCGAGGCCAAUGAUGUGUACGAGGCAGGAUUGAAGGUCGAGCCAACCAACGUGCAAUUGCAGAAGGGUCUUCAGGAGACGCAACAGGCUAUGGAGAAGGAGGCCUCAAUGGGAAUCGGCCAGUUCUUCGGACCUGAUGUCCUCACAAAGAUGGCCGCCAACCCUAAGUUGGCUCCCCUCCUCGCGCAGCCCGAUCUCGUAGAGAAAGUCAGGGCAAUUCAGGCUAACCCCAACGCGUUGAACCAACAUAUGCAAGAUCCCCGCAUCAUGUCCCUAUUGAUGGGUUUGAUGGGUCUCGAUGCUCGUGGACCUGAGGACGGCCCCGGUCCUAUGGAUUACGAACCCACUUCACCUCCUACCGCCUCUACUCAGUCCCCUCCCGCCUCCCAGCCUGCACAGCCCACUUCCAAGAAGGAGGAGCCCAAGCCUAAACCAGAAGAGCCCAAGGAGGAGGAGAUGCCAAGCGAGGAGGAACUGAAGAAGAAGGAGGCGGCAAAGGUCAAGGAUCUCGGCAAUGCCAGCUAUAAGGCGCGAAAGUUCGACGAGGCUCUGGAGCACUAUGGCAAGGCAUGGGAGUUGGACCCUACCAACAUUUCGAUCUUGACCAACAAGGCUGCAGUGUACUUUGAAAUGGGCAGCUACGAAGAGUGCAUCAAAACAUGCGAGGAGGCCAUUGAUGUUGGACGUGAGCAUCGCGCUGAUUACAAGUUGAUCGCCAAGGCUCUGGGACGUAUUGGAACUGCGUAUUUCAAGCAGAACAACCUGACCGAGGCCAUUAGAUACUAUGGCAAGUCCUUGGCCGAGCACAGGACUCCCGACAUUCUCACCAAACUUAAGGAGGCUGAGAAGGCCAAGGCCAAGGCUGAUAAGGACGCUUACAGGGACCCUGCCCUCUCGGCCGAGGCUCGUGAGCGUGGUAACGCUCUCUUCAAACACAGCGACUUUGCAGGAGCUGUCAAGGAGUACACGGAGGCAAUCAAGCGUGACGACACCGAUCCCCGCGCUUAUUCCAACCGCGCUGCUUGCUACACAAAGCUAAUGGCGAUCAAUGAGGCGCUGAAGGACUGCGAGACUUGCAUCUCACUGGACCCCAAGUUUGUCAAGGGAUACAUCCGCAAGGCUGCAAUCCAGUUCUUGAAGAAGGAAUAUACCGAGUGUCUCGAGACCUGCCAGCAGGCAAAGGAGGCCGAUGUUGACAAGAAGAACGCUGCUGAGAUCGAUCAGCAAAUUAGCAAGGUCUACAUGGAGAUGAGCCGGGGACCCCAGCGUCGCGAGGGUGAGACUGAGGCAGAGACGCUGGCAAGAGCACAGCAGGAUCCUGAGGUCCAGAAGAUCAUGGGAGACCCAGCCAUGCGUAGCAUCUUGCAACAGAUGCAGGAGGAUCCCCAGGCUGCUCAGGAGCACAUGAAGAACCCUAUGGUCGCUGCUAACAUCCGCAAGCUGGUUAAUGCUGGCAUCAUCCGUCUCGGUUAAGCAUUCAAGUCCGUCUUUUGUUUUUUUGUUUCACAGACAUGGCACUGAGAUAGCUCUGUCGCAUUGUAGAUAUUAAGCAGCAUCUUACUAAUAAAAAAAAAA